AUGAGUCAACCUGCCAGAAGACGGACGCAUCGAAAGUCCAGGAAUGGCUGCAUCCACUGCAAACGACGUAAAGUGAAGUGCGACGAGGCGAAGCCGGAAUGUUCCAAUUGCGUGCGCUUCGGGCUGCAUUGUGUCACUGCCCAGCAUGGUCACUCUGUUGAAUCGCGCACUGUCUCCCCGAACACGACACCAACACCAACGCCAUCCGCCUCGGAUGGGUCGACGCGUCGUGGAAGAGGCCGUCCUCGUAAGAAGUGGGCGGUUCUCGACCACGUCCAAGCAGGUGAAUCUGACGAAACGAUUCUCAAGGGGUACAAUGCAACCGCCUCCACACCCCUACCACCGUCACCGCCGGGGGCCUCUCCUCCGUUACCAGAGCUAAAUUGCCGCCUGCAUACCUUGGAUGUCGAGCUGAUGGUUCAAUGGACCGGCAUGACCGCCAUGAGCAUGUGCAGUGCCGUUUCUCGAACAGAUCCUACAUAUGCGUACUGGGCGUUCGAAGUGCCCCGUCUAGGAAUGGAGCACCCUUUCAUUUUGCACCUGAUCUAUGCCUUUACCGGCUUCCAUCUCGAUCACAUCCGAAAGCAGGCCGGCAAAGCACCGAAAUACAGAAAUUUGAGUGCUGCACAUUUUGCAACCGGACUGAGCGGUUUCAAUAAAGUCCUCCCCACCCUAGACGACAGCAACCGCCACGCUUUUGGGCUUGCCGGAGUGUUGGUGUGCUUCUGCGCCUUUGCAGACGGACCAUCGAGCAGCGCGGGCUACGGCCAAGCCUGUAGUACUACCGGCAGUGAUGGCCAGGUCGUGCCAUGGCUGUCGCUCAUUCAUGGCGUGCGGACCCUCAAGAGCAACGAAUCGUCCAGUCCAUCUGACCGGCCGCCACAACCACAAUCACAGUCACAGACGACCGACGACAACUCGACGAGAGAGGGCCUCGCAGACAUGUCGAUGCUCAACGUCGCUCCACGAAUCGAUUGGGAGGAACCGCUGCGCCAGCUUCACGAUCAUAUUCUUCUCUCCUUCAGCUCCAGCUCCGCAUCAUGUUUGGUCAAAGCCUUUGAGAGCCUCGUGCUUGUCUACGAAGCGACCUUUGGGAGAAAGGACGGCACCAACCGCGCUCCUCCCAAGUAUCGCUACGUCUUUGUCUGGCUGUAUUCGCUGACAGACGAAUUCGUCGAUCAUCUGCUCCGCAAAGAGCCGCUGGCUCUGCUUCUCUUGGCUUAUUAUGCCGUUCUAAUCCGAACAAUGGAGCAUCGGUGGUUCAUGCAAGGUUGGGCCGAGUAUCUGCUCAUGUCGGUCCGCGGUCUUGUAGGUGAGGAGCUCGCCCGAUGGCUGGUCUGGCCUGAGAACCAGAUCCAGCGGGAUUUCAGGACGGAAAGAACAACGUCAAACAGGCGUUGAAAAAUAAUAUAGAGUCCCAGGCGGGCGGUAGGUACCCUAAACUCUGCCCUACCCAAACCCACUGCGCAGCCUACUCGUAACUAGCACGUCUUUCGACAAAGGCUUAGUACGCCUCGGUUGG